AUGAUUUUCAGAGGUUUCGAUCACGAUUGUACUGCUCAGCAAUUCGUCAAUGUGAUGUAUCAGAAGAAAUGUAUGCGAACAGAACCGCUCGAAUCAAUUAGCGAACCAAUUUGUGGAAAUGGUGUUACUGAGGAGGAUGAACAGUGUGACUGCGGUUUGCCGGCACAGUGUAAUAGCUGGAAUUGUCAUCCGGAGACUUGUACCUAUCGAAUCCAGCCAGUAGUAAUUUGGCUAUUCGGAGUCAGCUUCAUCUCCAUCUCGGCUACGGUAUUAGCCGUUAUUCUGCGAUACAGAGGAACAAUGUUGAACUGCUUUAAAGUUCAUAAAGAUCACGAUUCAAAUUUCCAUCAAGCCAGAAUUCGUGCUCUCAGUUCGAGUCCAUAUCAAUCUCGCAAACGCAGUACAGUUACAGUUACCACUGGGACAUCAACUCCGAACUCUGUUCCACACAGUACGAUCUUGCAACGACCGAAACAACCUCCUCCACCACCACCUAUAAAAGCUUCAAUUGCGGUGGAUCCUGGAACAUCUUAUGCUCGACAGAUCAGUAACAGGGAUGACAUUUCAUGGAAAUUUGAGGAUUUUGACUCGGAUGAGGAGGACUCGAGCAAUCAGAAGACAAAUUUUUCAUCAUAUCCAGGUCAACCGGGUGUACCAACAUGUCCCAGCUAUCCUUCAUUCGUACCAAUAAACAGAGUCACGGUAGCCUUCCAUGGCUCUGGCGCUACGAUGGACACAUUGUGCACGUCCAGUGGCGAUUCGUCGUCGAGCGCUGCAUCGCUCUGA